CAUAGAAACGCGGUAGAAACGCCGCUGACCCUUGACGGUUGGUGUCUGUAGGGGGGGCUGGGCGAGGGGACCAGAAGUGAAAGAAGCUUAGGGAAGAAAGUCAGGCCCUGAAGAGGUGGCUGCAGGUUCAGGAGAGAACCAGAUUUAAACAACAGAUAAGAUAUGAAUGAAGAAAGAGGAGGUUCCAGGACCUAGGUAUUGUUAUUUCUGGGGACACUCUGGCAGCUGUGAUAUCUAACUAGAAAUUAACAGGAAUAUCCAGAAGAGACAGAGACAGAACCUCUGCAUUGCCAACUGUUUUCAGAGAACAGAGAAUAUGAUCCAGGCGCAGGAAACCUUGUCAUUCAAAGAUGUGGCUGUGGACUUCACAUGGGAAGAGUGGCAGCUCCUGGCCCCUGCUCAGAAGACCCUGUACCGGGAUGUGAUGCUGGAGAAUUAUAGCAACCUGGUGUCCGUGGGAUAUCGAGUCAGCAAAUCAGAUGUACUGUCCAAGUUGGAACAAGGGAAAGAACGAUGGAUGACAGAAGAUGAAAUCCACAGUCGUACCUGGCCAGAAACUGGCAACAUUGGUAAUCAUCUGCAGGUUGACUGGGAAAAUAAAAAAAUGCUGAAAGGUAUUGAACAAUGCCAGGAACAUAAUGCAUUUGGAAAUCCUGUUCCUCAAAGCCAAGGUUAUUUCUGUUUCAGGCAAAAUCAUGAUAUGUUUGAGUACUAUAUAAAAACUUUGAAGUCAAAUUUAAGUUUAGUCAUCCAGAGCCAAAGCUAUGAAAUUAAAAACUCUAUUAAAUGUAAUGGAGAUGGGAAAUCAUUUCUGUUUGGUAAACAUGAAAAAUGUCAUUCUCCAGUUAAAUGCCCUGUAAGUGCAAAACCCAUCAGCACUAAGUCCCAAGUCAUUAAGCACCAAAUAACUCACAACAUAGAGAAAGCCCAUAUAUGCAGUGAAUGUGGGAAAGCCUUUGUUAAGAAGUCUCAGCUCACUGAUCAUCAGAGAGUUCAUACAGGAGAGAAACCUUAUGGAUGCAGUCUGUGUGCAAAAGUAUUCUCCCGGAAGUCCAGGCUCAAUGAACAUCAGAGAAUUCAUGAGAGAGAGAAAUCUUUUAUAUGCAGUGAUUGUGCAAAAGUCUUCACUACAAAGAGCCGUCUUAUUGAACACCAGCGAACUCACACAGGAGAGAAGCCUUAUGUAUGCAGUGACUGUGGAAAAGGCUUCCCAGGGAAGCGUAAUCUCAUCUUACAUCAGCGAAAUCAUACUGGAGAGAAAUGCUAUGUAUGUAGUGAAUGUGGAAAAGGCUUUACUGGAAAGAGCAUGCUCACUGUACACCAGCGAACUCACACCGGAGAGAAACCCUACAUCUGCAGUGAAUGUGGGAAAGGCUUUACCACAAAGCACUAUGUCAUCAUCCACCAACGGAAUCAUACAGGAGAGAAACCCUACAUAUGCAAUGAAUGUGGGAAAGGUUUCAUCAUGAAAAGCCGUCUGACCGAACAUCAGCGAAUUCAUACAGGAGAGAAGCCGUAUGUGUGCAAUGAAUGUGGAAAAGGCUUUCCCAGGAAGGGUAAUCUGAUUGUACAUCAGAAGACUCAUACAGUAGAGAAAUCCUAUGUAUGUAGUGAAUGUGGAAAAGGCUUCACCAUGAAAAGCAUGCUUACCAUACAUCAACGAACUCACACUGGCGAGAAACCCUACAUCUGCAGUGAAUGUGGAAAAGGCUUCCCAUUGAAGAGUCGGCUGGUCGUGCAUCAGCGAACACAUACUGGUGAAAAACCUUACCGAUGCAGUGAAUGUGGGAAAGGCUUCAUUGUGAACAGUGGACUGAUGUUACAUCAGCGAACUCACACUGGAGAGAAACCCUAUAGAUGCAAUAAAUGUGGAAAAGAGUUUGCCUUUAAGAGCAAUCUUGUGGUACAUCAGCGAACUCAUACUGGAGAGAAGCCCUUUACAUGCAGUGAGUGUGGAAAAGGUUUCACCAUGAAACGCUAUCUCAUCGUACAUCAACAAAUUCAUAUGGGAGAGAAGUCCUAUGUAUGCAGUGAAUGUGGAAUAGGUUUUGUCAUGGAAACAGAGCUCAUUUUACAUCAGCAGAUUCAUACUGGAGAGAAACCUUAUGCCUGCAGUGAAUGUGGCAAAGGCUUCAUUGUGAAAAGCCGUCUAGUGGUUCAUCAGCGGACUCAUACAGGAGAGAAACCUUUUGUAUGCAGUGAUUGUGGAAAAGGCUUCUCCUCAAAAAGGAAUCUCCUUGUACAUCAGAGAACUCAUAAUGGAAACAAACCAUAAAAGCGAUGACUAUGAUCACACCUACAGGAAGAAAAUAUGCUUUGUCCAACAUCAGAGAUUUCUAACCUUUAUAUAUACUGACUGUGGAAAAUCCUAUUCAGCAUUGGUAUUGGUCUCAUUACCCACCAGAAAAUUUACACAGGAGACAAACUGUAUGUAUGCAAUUAAUGUGAGAAAGCCUUCAACACAAAUUCAACACUCAUUGUACCUCAAAGAACUCAUAAAAGAGACCGACUAUGAAUCCAGUGAUUGGGGGUAAUCUUUUGUCGACCCUUGUUAAUACACAUGAGAAACAUAUAGGUCAAAGUACAUAAUUCUUUGUAGAAACUCUGAAUUCAUUAUAUACAAGUGUAUUUUUUAGGAUAAAAAAGAUGAUGUUUCAGUGAACUCAUUAAACAUCAGUGUGCUCCUAGCAUACUUGACUAUUGUCAGCGUAGAUUAGCCUGCUGCUAAUUUCACCCUUAGGAAAUAUGAAAUUUGCAUAGGGGUGAAAUUUAAUGAAUGAAGAGAAUAUGCUAGUGCCUUCAGUGAUCAGUUACCUCACACUGUAUGUCUAAAUUAACAUGUAGGAAAAGCUCUGAUACAUUCAAUGCAGAAAAAGCUCAAGGAAGCAUUUUUAGGUACUAAUUAUAUGUCUGAAAAGUGUGUGCUAAGAUAAAUCCUAUGACUGGAGAGACUAGGAAAGCCUUCUAUGGAAAUAAAAACCCUAUCUCAUCAGUGAUCAUAAUAGAUCACCAAUGAGCUCAUACAUAGUAACAAUAUGAUGAUUGUGGGAAAGACUUUGCCUGGAAAUAAAACCUCAGUAAGUUGCCUGAUAUGCAUGCUGGAGAAAAAUUUUCAGAUGGCAAUGAAUAUGGCAGGAUUUCAGUGAUACAUUCUGCCUCAUUGCUUUUCAUGAAUUCACACAGAAAUAAAAUGGUUAUGGACCCACUAAAUAUGGAGUAACUUUAGCAAAAUAUCAGAAUUCUGAAGGAAAGAAACCUCAUGAAAAUGACAUAUACUUGAACUUUCUAUCACAAGUCUAAAUUUAUUAUACACCUGAUGUCCAUUUUGGGGCAGAAUACCUUGAACCAUAUCAAUGAUUCCAUAAUUUUAAAGUGGGCUAGUCUCGACACUAAUUUGUAAUGUUAUAUACAAUACAGGAGUGUUCUGUGCCCACUUUAUAUUAUUAUAUUUUUCACUCUUGCAUUUCUUAGGUUCUAAAUUCAGCUCUGUCUACAAUGUACUUCAAAGUAAAAAGGAAUAUAUUCAUAAAUGAAAUCCAACAUAACUGGAUGUAUUUAUCUAAGUUUAUAAGUAGCAUUAGGUAGUUUACAAACACUUUAAAAAUGAUUUUUCUAAAAUUCGUUUUGAAAUAGUUUUAGACUCCCAAGUAAUUACAAAAUAUACCAAGUUCCCACAUACCCUUACUCAGUUUCUUCAGUGGUGUUAUCUUACAUAACCAUAAUGCAUCAUCAAACCCAAUAAAAUGACAUUGGUGCAGUGCUGUUAGGUAAACUGGAUCUUAUUUGGAUUUUAGUAGGUUUUUGCAUGCACUAAUUUAUAUGAAGUUUUUUGUUUUUAGUAUAUAGUUUUAAGAAAUUUUAUCUUACACAUAAGAUUUCUGUAAACCCCACCACAAUUGGGAUGCAGAAUUGUGCCAACACAAAGAAACAUCCUCAUGUUACCCCUCUGUGGUCACACUCUUCCCCCACCCCUGACCAUGGUGACCACUGGUCAAACUCCAUCACUCCAGCUUGGUUAUUUCAACAAUGCUGUUAAAAUGGAAUCAUACCAUAUGUAGCCUUUGAGAUAGGCUUCGUUUCACUCAGCAAAUUGCUGUUAAGAUCCAUCCAAUUUUUUUGGUGUAUAAGUGGUUUUACUUGUUAAUAAUAUUCUUUUGUAUGGAUAUACAGUGACUGUCUGUUUACUAUUGACAGAUGUCUGGGUUGUUUUCCAGUGUUUCAUUGUUUUGAAUAAAACCCUAUGAACAUUUAUGGAC